UGAAACCUACGAAGAAGACAGAGCGAAGUACAUGCGCCUACUUUUGCUUGAUAAUUACAUGUUUCUGGAUACGUUUCUUUAUACUUUAUUGCUGAAUUAAAACAUCGACGUUUAACAAUGAACCACUUACUAAAUAAGGUUUUGUGUCUUCAAAACACACGGACGCUGUUGGGCUCAACAUCGUUUCUCCAAAAUUACGUUUUAACUACACAGAUGCCUUUGGUUGUCUUGCUAACUAACAGAGAGUACAGAUCAAUGCCCACACAUGGCGUUGGGAAAUACAGACAUCUACUUUCAAAAUCAUUGCCAAAGAAGAAGAAGGACAAAAUUCAGAUGAAACAGAUCAAAGCAGCAACAGACACAAAGUUUGGCAUACUUAAUGUGUGUGUGUCAGGAUAUGACAUGACUCUAGUGGAACAUUAUUCCCAGUACAUCCACAAUCUCUGCAAUCACUUGGAAAUCAAAGUCGAUGAAAGCUACGCCCUGCCUACAAAAUCCACUGAGGUCAUGGUGAUGCAGGACCAAGGCACCAAGAUGUAUGUAGAUGGAGUUCUGAAAACCCAUGAACGUGUGGUUCAGAUCAGUGAAAUGAAGGCAACACUUUGUCCUGUAUUUAUUGAGGUUCUUUUGAAGAACCAGCCUGAGGGAGUGCUGUUCUGUGUGAAGCAGCACACUGAGGCAGAUUUCCAAGCCCGGUUUAAAGCAAGACCUGAGCUUGACGGACUUAUUGCAAAAAUUAGUAAUUAAUAAAUAUUCAAAUAAAGUUGUUUUUUCACAUAA